UGGUCGCACAGAUUACCAGUAAGGUACCUGAGUGUUUGUACUGUACACUGACUAUGGAUUCUAUCCGGCGCCGUAUCCCCUCACUACUGAAAUGUGUUUAUUUUACUAUCUUAUCUCUAUGCUUGUUAUCUGUGAUUGGCUGGAUUUACUUUUCGGACGCAUUCCAAACAGAGAAAUACAUCGUGAAAGGAAAGCUUCCAUCGAGAACGAAGAGAGACGUAGAGAUUCUAGCUGAAUGUGACAUGGAGUGUAAGGACGAAAAAGACAUCGAUGACUAUGACGUCCUUCUUGAGUAUGACUACGAGGAUGAAGAACAGAGUGGCUCCUCCGCGAAAUCCUGUGUCCGCACUUGCAAGAUUGUAAGCGUUAACAAGACCUCGCAGUCGGGGUCAUCCACUGCCAUUCCUGUCGAAGAAGUAACCGAGAAGAACACUGAGGCUUCGUUGUCGACCUCAAAGGCUGAGGAUGGAACACCAACCACACAGGGUAAGGAAGAAAUGCACUCUACAACACAGCCAGUCACGACUUCUUCUUCGACCUCUAAACCUACAAAAGAGGUGGAAGACUCGACGCCAACAGAAGAAACCACGACCGAUUCUGGGAAAUCUAAUUUUGAAAUGGUCAUAUCUGGAAAUGAAACCCAAGAAGAUAACGAAACCACUUCUAAUUUCCUUCCUGGAGGUUUAGAGGUACAGAUUGAAACGCCUCCCGUGGAUACUCCGGAGAACUUCUCGGAACACUCAAUUGAUUCUAAGGAUGAAACUCCAACUGAAGAACUAUCGGUCAGGUUGGUUCCGAAGGUGAUAAGACUAUCCGUUUUGGAAACGGAAUUAGAAGAUAUUCGGCUGUUAAAACCAUCAGAUAAACCACCGUUGGUCUAUUUACCAGAAUAUAAUUCAUUGUUAUCAUUAUUAAAUGGAUCAAUGUCAAAAAUUCUGUCGGAAAUUUCAGCAGUUAAAAAUUUAACUAAAACAAAUACUGCACCUGACGCUGAAGUACAGAAUUCUAGUAAUUUGUUUUCUGACGAUAAGAUUUCAACUUAUGAAGACAGACCUGCUUUGGAAGAUUCUCCGCUCGCUAAUUUUAAAAGUUUACUCCAAACCCCAGCAGAAGAGGCCACAACCCCAAAUUAUCCAGAAACUAUAAAAUCCAGUGUUAACCAUAGCUCAAUCUUGUUUACUACUUCAAAUUCAGUUGAAAUCUCAACAAACACUGCUGCUACAAUUGUAACUUCACUAAAUGAAUAUUUAAAACCAAAUAUAUCUACUCAAUAUGUUGAACUGAGAUCCACUAUUCCUACAACUCACGUUCAGAGCACCGAAGAAGAUUAUGACCUCAGCACAUCUACUCAAAAUCUAGGAGACUAUACUGAGUACGCUAACAGUACUGUUACCGUGUCUGACGUAACGGAGGAGACAAACAUUUCUACUUUUGGACUAAAUGAGGCAUCGAUAACCAUUGAACCACCCGUUCUUGAAAACGAUAAGGACGAACUGAAAAGUUUUGGAAAUAUAUCAACUACUUUUCUUCCAUUGCUGUACAAUUUGAGCUACUCUUCGUUUGAUGCAUCUGAAACUACGACUUUACCUACUAAUUUUAGGACUGGGAUAUCAAAUUCAACGAUGAAUCAAAACGAGAGAGUGGACUCUGAAACAUCGAUGGAGAACAAUACCUUUAGUGACAACACAUCAGUGAAGCCAAGUGAGAUAUCGAUGGAGAACAAUACCUUUAGUGACAACACAUCAGUGAAUGCAAGUGAGAUAUCGAUGGAGAACAAUACCUUUAGUGACAACACAUCAGUGAAUGCAAGUAAAACAUAUUCGCCACAACAGGAUUAAAAAUGUCAAUUUUAUUUAUUUAUCUUGAAAAUCUCUAAGAAGAAUAUUAUCAAUGUAUGUAUUAUUUGGGGGUGCAAAUGUAAUUGUACUACAUAAUGUUAUAUUAUAUAUUUAUAUGUUAAAAUAAUAAAUAUGGUAUUAUAAUUGCUUCUUUACAUCAUCAUUACUAAUAUUUACACACAUUACC